AUGGUGUUCAUUGACCUUGAAAAGGCAUAUGAUAGUGUACCACGCAGGCUAAUUUGGGAUAGUUUGGAGUGUAGAAGGGUUCCUGGGAAAUAUAUAGACAUCAUUAGGGAUAUGUAUGUUAGGAGUGAAGCUAGUGUUCAUGCACCUAUAGGGGAUACGGAUUUCUUCCCGGUGGAAGUAGGACUCCAUCAAGGGUCUGCGUUGAAUAAUAUUUUGUUAGUGACAGAGAGUAAACAAAGUCUUAAUGCAAGGCUAGAGGAGUGGCGUACAGCUUUGGAGGGUAAAGGUUUCAUGAGGAAUUACAGAGGGAUUAAGUUGUUAGGUCAUACUAUGAAAUUAUUGGAUAGGUUGGAAUGUAGAGGGGUUCCUAGGAAAUAUAUAGACAUAAUUAGGGAUAUGUAUGUUAGGAGUGAAACUAGUAUUCGUGCACCUAUAGGGGAUACAAAUUUCUUCUCUGUGGAAGUAGGACUCCAUCAAGGGUCUGCGUUGAGUCCGUUUCUUUUUGCGGUUGUCCUGGAUGAGUUGUCAAAGUUGAUUCAGGAGACAGUUCUGUGGUGCUUGCUUUUUGCGGAUGAUAUUGUGUUAGUGGCAGACAGUAAAAAAAGUCUGAAUGCAAGGCUAGAGGAGCGGUGUUCCGCUCUGGAGGGUAAAGGUUUAUAA